AUGGAGCCAAACAACAGAACAACAUAUACGGUAACAGAAUUCCUCAUCACAGGAUUGGAUGAAGUACAACACCCAAAGCUGGUGGGAGCAGCCAUUUUGUUCGUCCUCUUUCUCAUUCUGAUCGGAAGCAUCACCAACAUUUGUGUCAUAGCAUUCAACAAGCCUCUGCAUACCCCCAUGUACUUUUUUAUUUGCUCACUAGCAAUGGUAGACAUAGUAUACACCAGCGGCAUUAGUGUUACAAUGCUUAACGUUCUCCUUGGUGAGGAGAGAAGAGUCCCCUAUGCACCCUCCUUGAUAUUCUUCUCAUACAUGAAGAUAGUUCAUGUAGUGAUACACAUGUCUUCAUCCAAAGACAGGAGGAAAACAUUUAGCACCUGUGUCUCUCACAUGAUAGUGGUGGCUUGCUUCUUUAUCCCCAAGGUGUUGUUAAUGAGAUUCGAGGGCGCCUGA